AUGACCAGCACCCGUGUAGUACUUCCAAGAAACUUCGGCUUGCCGAAGUUAGCUUCCUAUCUUGUAUAUUAUUAUUUCUGUAAAACAAACUUACAUUCCGCAGGGAAAGAAAGGUAUCAAAGCUGGAUCCAAGACGCGUGCCGCAACGUUAUCCACAUUCUGGAAGAUGUCAAGUCCUGCCGCCCUCCCAUAGACCACGUCUGCGAACUGCUUCCCCGGUUACAGCCCCGUUACUAUUCCAUCUCCUCAUCUGCUAAAGUACAUCCCACAGAUGUGCAUAUUACAGCCGUCCUAGUAGAAUAUAAGAGUCCAACAGGACGUACCAAUAUGGGAGUGGCCACUACUUAUUUGAGGAAUAAGCAACCCCAGAGCGGCGAGAAAGUAAAGGUGCCAAUAUUUAUUCGCAAGUCGCAGUUCCGUCUACCUACGAAGCCUGAGACGCCUAUCAUAAUGGUGGGACCGGGAACGGGUUUGGCCCCCUUUCGCGGUUUCAUUCAGGAACGACAGCACCUGCGCGAUGAGGGCAAGAGCGUGGGCGAGUCGAUCCUUUACUUUGGCUGUCGUAAGCGCAGCGAGGACUACAUCUACGAAGCCGAGUUGGAGGUGUGGGUUAAGAAGGGUACACUUAACUUGAGGGCCGCCCUUUCACGUGACCAGUCAAAGAAGGUUUAUGUACAGCACCUGCUUGAACAGGAUGCAGAUUUAAUAUGGAACGUAAUUGGCGAGAGCAAAGGGCACUUCUACAUAUGCGGUGAUGCGAAGAACAUGGCGGUGGACGUAAGAAACAUUUUAAUGAAGAUUCUGUCCACUAAAGGAAACAUGAGCGAGGUUGACGCCGUGCAGUAUAUCAAGAAGAUGGAGGCUCAGAAGCGCUACUCGGCCGAUGUCUGGAGCUAAUCUGAUCCAAAGGCCAAUCGAAACUCGUAGUUUUCUAAUUCAUUAUAAAAUGUAAGCGUAAUUUUUGGUUUGGGAACUUCUUUCUGCAGUUCAACAAACUAAUGAGGAAUGAUUAAAUAUACAUAUUUUAAAUGACUCUGUUUAGAGGGACAAACUAAGACCGAAUCUAAGAAACGAAAUGAGCAAAGUAACAAGUUAUCGAUUUAAGUAGCUUUGUACAAGUGCAGAUUAGAUUGAGUCCAUCUUAAGAGCAUUUUAGUUUGUAUCCUUUUGGUGAAUGCAACACAAAAACAACAUGUGCAAUUUUAAAAAUGACACUUUUAUAAAUAAAAAAUAUCAUUGAAGUUUCUUA